AUGUUCCCGGCAGACCUAGCGCUUCAAAUCAUCCACCAGCGAAGACAGGUAUUUUUCCCAGCUGUUCAGAUGAGAAAGCGAAUACUAAUCAAGUACUCAGGCGACAAGAGCGAGCCUACGUGCAAACCCAAAGCAAAACGAGGUAGCAAAAUCCGGGCUGCACCUAAGCCCAUACCGACGGAGAACAUUUAUAACACUGACACCACUCCGUUCAAGAUCCUGAUUAAAGCCAGCAAGAUAUCUAGCAAGGAGUGGACAGUGAGCAGGAACGGGGAGGGACACGCCAUGCAACUAAGCGUGCGGCCCAGUUUCUUCUCAGUUCCUCAUGCCAUUUACAUUGCGGGCUAUUUCGUAAUUGGCUACAAUGAUGACGAAGUAACAAAUAAAUGCGGAGAGGUCGUACACGUCGAGCGCACGUGGAAGCGCGAGUACAUUGCCGGAGAAUACGAUUUGCUCUUCGACACACACCCAGACCGGAACCCGACAGGCGCAUGCAGCCUUGGUGAUCACGCCGGGGCACUCACUUGGGUGACCGACCUCGAAGAUGCAUUCCCGCACUACAAGUAUCUCGGUCGUAUCAAACCGGGCCUGAGCAACAGCGAUAUUAUAGCACAGUCAGAGACGGUCCUCGCGAAUAUGGGGAAAUACAUUAUGGUUAAGAAUAAUUGCUUUACUUUUGUCAAGAAGACAUACGCGGAUGAGGCCGCGUAG